AUGUCGCCUCUCAUCUCAUUUCCCUUUCUGUUGCUGGUCUUGAUUUCGUUUAAAUGGCUAAUAUCAUCCGCUUUCAAAACCCGAAAAGACCUACCACCAUCACCACCAAAGCUUCCAAUCAUCGGUAACCUUCACCAACUAGGCUCCUCCCCCCAUCUCUCUUUGCGAUCCUUAGCCCAAAAAUACGGACCGGUUAUGAUGCUUCACCUAGGGAGUGUACCUGUGCUUGUAGUCACUUCCGCUAAAGCGGCUCAAGAAAUCUUGAAAACCCAUGAUUUAGUUUUCUCAAACCGGCCGAAGUUGAUAAUCCCCAACCAACUUACCUAUGGCUCCAAGGACAUAGGGUUUGCACCAUAUGGAGAGUAUUGGAGGCAGAUCAAGAGCAUUUCCAUCAUCCACCUUCUAAGUAAAACACGAGUCCAAUCAUUUCGACAAGUACGAGAACGAGAAACAACUCGUCUCAUCGAGCUGAUUGGACAAAGUGGUGGUUCCGUGGUUAAUAUAAGCAAUAUGCUUGUUAAGGUUACUAACAAUGUGAUUUGUCAGGUGGCCUUAGGAAGGACUUAUAAUGAUAGUUUGAAGUUCAAGGACUUGCUUGUGAGGUUUCAGAUUCUGCUUGGUGUUCUAUGUGUAGGGAAUUAUAUCCCAUGGCUAUCAUGGGUUGACAGGUUGCGUGGUUUGGACAGGCAAACCAAGGAACUUGCUAAAGAAUUUAAUGAUUUUUAUGAUGGGAUUAUUGAAGAGCAUUUGCUUAAGAGGGAAAUGGUGGGUGGUGGAGAUGAUCAUGAGCAUGAUCUUGUUGAUAUCUUACUUGAUGUUCAAAGAGAUAGUACAUCUGAUUUUACAUUCGGGAGGGAUACCAUUAAAGCUAUCAUAUCUGAUAUGUUUUCUGGUGGAACUGAUACAACAUUGGCAAGUAUCGAAUGGGCACUAAGCGAGCUAAUAAAACAUCCACAAGCCAUGAAAAGGUUGCAGCAAGAGGUGACACAAGUAUCCAAAGGAAGAUCUAUGAUCACUGAGGAUGAUAUCCACAACAUGCCUUACUUAAAAGCUGUCCUAAAAGAGACUUUGCGAUUACACACUAUACUGCCCCUUAUGCUUCCACAUGAAUCAAUGGAUGAUGUGAAAGUAAUGGGGUAUGAUGUCAAAAAAGGUACGCAGGUGAUGAUAAACGGUUGGGCGAUUGCAAGAGAUCCUUCGAUAUGGGAUGAUGCCGACAUGUUUAAGCCAGAGAGGUUCUUGAACAGUUGUGUUGAUUUCAAAGGGUUUCACUAUGAACUUUUACCAUUUGGGUCCGGAAGAAGAGGGUGUCCUGGCAUGCAGUUUGCUAUUUCCAUUACCGAACUUGUUCUAGCCAACUUAGUGUACAAGUAUGAGUUCGCAUUGCCGAAUGGCGUAAGAUCUGAAGAACUCGACAUGACUGAGGUGGUUGGACUUCUUGUCCGUAAAAGGGAUCCUUUACUGCUUGUUCCAACUCCUCGUUUCUAG